AUGGCUACUAUUCGAGACCUGUCAGCCAAAUUGCCUCCCACCCUGCUACGCUCCACCAGCUGGGCCGAUGGCCUCCGUGGAAUCGCCGCCAUCUUCGUUGUAGCGAGUCAUACUUCGCUAUGCUUUGCAACCUUCCUGAUCCCACCCUCCGUUGUGGAGACGGGCAAGUCCACCCUGUUUCAGCGACCCUUCUUCCGUUUGGUCAUCCAAGGUCAGGCCUGGGUAGCCAUGUUCUUCGUCCUGCUAGGCUUCGUCAACUCCCUCAAACCGCUCCAACUGGCCCGCUCGGGUGCCGUCUCCGAGGCUCUCGGGUCUUUGUCAACCGGCGCGUUCCGCCGUACCGGAAGAUUGCUAGCUCGCAGAGUGGAUGUUUUCUGGUUGAGAUCGACGGCGCCGAAACCGAGUGUUUCGCUGGUGGCUGCCGUUGAGGACUUGGUUCGGGAGCUCGCCGGAACAUGGCUGUACGGUGAAAAUGCCUAUGAUCAGCCUCAGUGGGCAUUGCUUCCGCUAUUUCGCGGUUCAUUGUAUGUUUUCAUGACUCUGCUUGCAUUAAUCAAUGCCACGCCUCGGUUCCGACUAUGUGCCGAGACUUUGCUCUAUAGCUGGAGCUGGGCGACACUAGACGGUGGUGUGGGGACGAACAUAUUCGCUGGCAUGAUGCUAGCCGAACUCUCCCUCAAUAACUGUCAAUUUUCAGCGUCUCUAAAACCCCGAGCAUUAUUUCAGACCGUACCUUACGGUCUUGUCGUUCUGGGUUUUUACCUCUGCUCGUUCCCGGAUCAAUAUGCCGAGCAAACAGCCUGGUCUUCCCAGCUCGCCCACAUUGGUGAUGCCAUAUUCCCAAAGGGCUCCAACAUAAGCCGCUACUUCGCUAGUAUCGGUGCGCAGAUAGUCUGUUUGGGAGCAAUGCUUUCACCCACGCUUCGACGAAUAUUCUCAAGCCGAGUCUUGCUUUGGCUGGGAUCUAUCAGCUUUCCCCUCUACUUGAUACACGGACCCCUGAUGCGUUCUGUGCUGGUUUACCUCCUCUAUUGGCCCAUGUCCCUUGGCUUCAUGCCUGCUCUGCUAGCGGAUGGCACGCCAAACCCAGAGUCUUACAUCCCCACGCCGAACACUUUCCGGCUUCGGGUUAUCUUGAGCUUGUUCUUCGCAUUCUUGCUGUUUAUUGUUCGCCUGUGGUCAAUUCAUAUCGAGCCCAAAAUGGGAGCAGCCACAAAUUAUCUAGAGAGGGUGUCUCGCUCAUGGGGGAAUAUACGAGAUUUCCUAGGAAAGGGACACGGGCUUUUGCCGAUUUCUAUCUUCAAACAGGCAAGUGCAUGA